AUGCUGUUUAAUCUUGGAUUGACCGCUGACGCCGCCGCUGCCCACGAGAGCGAUCUCGUCGGCCCCCAACCCUCUUCGCAGCUCUCCAAUCCCCCCACCAGAGCCUCCUCGCCAUUGACUGCUCUGUCCUCCUUACCGAGCUUAGGGACCAUCUACAAUAAAUACAAGGGCAUGGAACCACAAGCAACGCAGGGUGCGACCCUGCGCGACAUGACACGAAGUCCUGCCGAAUCCGUCUUGUCCAGCGACGGGGAGCAUUCUGUCGUCGAUACUGGCUUUCGCGCAUCCCGCGUCGGCCGUUCGCAAUCCGUCAGAAAGUCUUUGCGCCCCAAGACUUCCUACCAGCUGGCGCACCCCGCCAGCCAUGCCCAUCAUCGAUGCUUCAAAAUACGCCCCAAGCUCCUGUUGCAGCUCCAGCAGGUGUCUCACACUCCGCGUCCGCUUCCCGUCCUUGAUGUCCUCCCCUCGACCGUUUUCCUGCCCCGACUCGCGCGCAAGUUUCCCACAAUCUUUCGUGGCAAGAACGGCCUCGGUCCCAAUGACCUGAUCAUCGUCACCAGCGACUUGUAUGAGGCGGACCCAAGAGAUAGGACGUCGCAGGGCGACGACAGCGAUGACGAUGAACAACAGGUUGUUGCAACCAUUUGCCAGCUGCUCAACGAGGAGGACUUGUCCAAAGGGAAAGCGGAAAUAUGCUUCAACCACGGUCCUGCGUGGGAAGCAACGCCCCUCCCCAACGGUGCCUAUGAGUUCGUUGCACGCACGGCCCAGGGUGUCCAAACGCUACGGUGGGUUCCGCGUGGAUCGAAGAACCGUCGCGUGUCCGGUCCCCCGGGUUCGCCAGUCCAGCCGGAAUCCAAGCGACUCACCUUUAGCGUCAUCAACCCCAACACUCGCCGCCACCCAGUGCUGGCUAGCAUGACUCGCAACAACCUCGAGGUCUUUGACCAAUACUCGAUGCCUACCGUGGCUCCCAGUAGUCUCCCCACCUCCGCCAUGUCCAUGAUCAGCGACGGUUCCGACGACACUCCACUAGAUCGCAAUGUGAUCGCUGUGGAUGAUGAUCUACGUCUCUUGAUCAUCAUCACCAGUAUCUGGGUCGCUUUUCGAGAGGGUUGGUCACACAACUUUAGUUACAACGAUUCUGCCCUGGUGUUGAACUCGAAGAUCUCCUCGCCUGCUGCAUCCAGACAUGCUUCACCCACUACCAUCAAGCAUGCCCCUGAUUACUUUUCGGUCGACAAGGAAGGUCCAAUGGAAAACCCACCACGGAAACACCGCGUGUCCAUGUCCAAUGUCCCGUUGUCAUCAGAGCGCCUCAAGUCGCUGGCCUCUGCCAGGUUGGCGAAACGUUCCAACUCCACGGGUGCCGCCUUCAUUGAACGAUCCAACCGACGGAGCUCGGGGAGCAAGCGACCUCAACGACACAGCUUCAUGCCCCCGAAUAACCUCUCUCGCGACGGGGUCACCGGCCUAGAGGCAAUUCCAUCCGAAAGCCUUAUGAACGGUAAUGGGCAUGUCCAGAACAGAAACUCUGAGAAUGCGGUCAAGUUUGCCAACUCUGAGCCCAUAUCCGAGAAGCCUCGUCGCAAAGUCAGCCAACGCGUGCCGCAACCCGAACCGUCAACCUCCAGGGGUCUUGAUGGACAAAACUCAGAAUCAAGUCCUCCCGCCGCCAAGUCGAAGCGUCGACACCGCAUCAGCGGAUUUUUCGACUGCAUCUUCCGACGACACCAUUGA